UUUGAACAAAGCAUACUCCUUAUACUUCAGCUACAACAACUUACAGUAAUGUAGCAAGUCAGUACCUUUUCAUUUUCAAUCAAAACUUUGAUCAUUCUUUCUCUUAUUGUUUUCUUCUUCUUGUAAAAUUAAGAUUCCAUCACUGUUCAAAAUUUCAAAUCAAACAAAAAGUUAUUGUGAAGCUGGUAGUGGAGUUGGCAGAUGCUCUUUUGAGACAGUGAAGAUCAUCUGAACUUGUAUUUUAGAAGUUGUCUUCCAAACCAGAAUUCGUACCGCAAUUAAACAUCAAAUAUUUCAAACGCUAGAGAUUGCAUGUUUACAAUUGCUCAGCAAUUCACAUAAAUGAAUCCGUUAGAUGCUAAAGAGGACUUCAAGCUGAAGGAUACAAAGCCUCAGCUUGGAGAAAGAUGGCCACAUGGAGGAUUACGCAGUGGAGGCGGUUGGAUUAGCAGUGACAGAGCCACAAGCACAUAUGAUCUUGUUGAGCAGAUGUUUUAUCUGUAUGUUCGAGUAGAGAAGGCGAGAGAUCUUCCUACAAACCCUGUAACUGGUAACUUGGAUCCAUAUGUGGAAGUGAAAGUUGGGAAUUAUAGAGGAAGAACAAAGCAUUUUGAGAAGAAAACGAAUCCUGAAUGGAAACAAGUCUUUGCAUUUUCGAAAGACAAGAUUCAGUCUUCAGUUCUUGAAGUGUUUGUUCGAGAUAGAGAAAUGGUGGGGAGAGAUGAUUAUGUAGGGAAGGUAGUGUUUGAUAUGCAUGAAGUGCCUACUAGAGUACCACCUGAUAGUCCUUUGGCACCUCAAUGGUAUAGACUAGAGGAUCGACAUGGGGAUAGUAAAGUCAAAGGUGAAGUAAUGCUUGCAGUUUGGAUGGGAACACAAGCUGAUGAAGCAUUUCCUGAGGCAUGGAACUCAGAUGCUGCGUCAGUACAAGGGGAAGGCGUUUACAGUGUUCGAUCAAAAGUUUAUGUAUCGCCAAAACUCUGGUAUCUAAGAGUUAAUGUUAUUGAAGCUCAGGAUAUGGAGCCACAAGAUAAAACCCAAUUGCCACAGGUUUUUGUCAAGGCUCAAGUUGGAAAUCAGGUACUUAAAACUAAACUCUGCCCAAUUCGCACCAACAAUCCAACAUGGAAUGAAGAUUUGAUCUUUGCAGCAGCAGAGCCUUUUGAGGAUCAGUUGUAUCUUACUGUAGAAAACAAAAUGAGUUCUGCAAAAGAUGAAGUUAUGGGGAGGUUAAUUCUGCCUCUUCACAUCUUUGAAAGGCGAUUAGAUCACCGGCCUGUUCAUUCUAAAUGGUUCAACCUUGAAAAAUUUGGGUUUGGUGCCUUAGAGGGAGAUAAAAGGCAUGAGCUGAAAUUUUCAAGCAGAAUUCAUUUAAGAGUUUGUCUUGAAGGUGCUUAUCAUGUGCUAGAUGAAUCGACAAUGUACAUAAGCGAUCAGCGGCCAACAGCAAGACAGCUUUGGAAGAAUCCUAUUGGAAUCCUUGAAGUGGGAAUUCUAAGUGCACAAGGGCUUCUUCCAAUGAAGAAAAAUGAUAGUAAAGGAACUACAGAUUCUUAUUGCGUAGCAAAGUACGGAUUGAAGUGGGUUCGAACAAGAACAAUCCUUGACAACUUCAAUCCAAAGUGGAAUGAGCAAUAUACAUGGGAAGUUUAUGAUCCUUGCACAGUUAUCACGAUAGGAGUUUUUGACAACUGUCACUUAGGUGGAAAUGGCAGUGGAGCUAAAGGUGACUCGAGAAUUGGAAAAGUGAGAAUUCGACUAUCUACACUAGAAACAGAUAGAAUUUACACUCACUCUUACCCACUUCUUGUUCUACAACCAUCUGGAUUAAAAAAGAUGGGAGAACUGCAGUUAGCAGUUCGGUUCACCUGCCUAUCACUGGCCAACAUGAUUUACCUCUAUGGUCAUCCGUUACUACCAAAAAUGCAUUAUCUGCAUCCAUUCACAGUUAACCAGCUUGACAGUUUAAGAUAUCAAGCAAUGAAUAUUGUAGCUGUAAGGCUUGGACGAGCAGAGCCACCGUUGAGGAAAGAAGUUGUGGAGUACAUGCUAGAUGUGGAUUCUCACAUGUGGAGCAUGAGAAGAAGCAAAGCUAACUUCUUUAGGAUUGUGUCAUUAUUUUCUGGUGCAAUUUCAAUGAGCAAAUGGCUUGGUGAAGUAUGUCAAUGGAAGAAUCCAGUCACUACAGUUCUAGUUCAUGUUCUAUUUUUUAUACUGAUAUGCUACCCAGAACUCAUUCUCCCAACUAUUUUCCUAUAUAUGUUCUUGAUUGGAAUAUGGAACUAUCGGUUCAGGCCGAGACACCCUCCUCAUAUGGAUACUAAACUAUCAUGUGCAGAAGUAGUUCAUCCAGAUGAACUAGAUGAGGAAUUCGACACUUUCCCUACAUCAAAGCAACAAGAUGUAGCGCGAAUGAGGUAUGAUAGGCUUAGAAGUGUUGCAGGAAGGAUUCAGACGGUAGUGGGUGAUAUGGCAACACAAGGGGAAAGAUUUCAGGCUCUGCUAAGCUGGAGAGAUCCAAGAGCAACAAGUCUUUUUGUGAUUUUCUGUUUUAUUGCAGCUGUUGUGCUUUAUAUAACACCUUUCAGGAUAAUUGUGUUGAUUGCAGGCUUAUUUUGGCUUAGGCAUCCUAGAUUUCGAAGCAAGUUACCAUCAAUUCCUAGCAAUUUCUUCAGGAGAUUGCCAUCUCGAGCUGAUAGCUUGCUUUGAGAAGUAGAAACCAUAGAAAGCUCUCUCUUGCUUUGUUUUUCAAUCUCAAUAAUAUUGUUUCUUUUAUUGUUUUCAAUAAAUCAUUUACCAACCUUUAA